AUGUUUAUGUUAUGCUUCAAGCUUGUUAAGGAAUUUGUUUGUAGGUUUAUGCAGCCAGUGACAACAGGAGAGUAUCCACUAAGCAUGGUGUCUUUUGUGGGAAAUCGAUUACCAAAGUUCACUCGAGAGCAAUCCAAGAUACUUACCGGCUCAUUUGAUUUUAUUGGAGUCAAUUACUACACCUCAAAUUAUGCGGCCAAUAUACCACAUUCAAAUAACGACACAAGCAAAUCUACCUAUUUCAAGGAUACUCAUGUCAACUUAACAAGAGGUGAUUCGGGGACAGAACCGUAUUUGACUUCGCACUACCAACUUCUUGCUCAUGCUGCUGCAAAACUGUACAAGACCAAGUAUCAGGCAUCUCAAAAGGGUUUACUAGGGAUUACCUUAAACUCUGAUUGGUUUGUGCCUGUGUCUAAAGAGAAAGCAGAUCGUGAUGCGGCACAACGAGCCCUCGACUUCAUGUUUGGAUGGUACAUGGAGCCAGUCACCAAAGGUGAGUAUCCAAAAAGCAUGCAAUCCAUGGUGGGAAAACGGCUACCAAAGUUCUCCGAAAAAGAAUCAGAGCAACUUAAGGGGUCCUUCGAUUUUCUAGGUCUAAACUAUUAUUCAUCCUUUUAUGCUGCUAAUGCACCUCACCUACGGGGGGCUGAACCAGCCCAACAAACUGAUGCUCUUGUUAAUGUUACAAAUCAGCAUGAUGGAAAGCUCCCUGGUCCAAUGGCUGCUUCCAGCUGGUUGUGCAUUUAUCCACGAUUUCGAGAACUAUUGCUUUUCAUAAAGAAACAGUACAACAAAAAUAGAUUAAACCAAUCCUGCAUGAAGCGCUAG